UUAACUGCAUCCAUAUGGCUCGAGAUUGGAUGUGGGAAAUAAGAAAUCUGUGCUGCUAGCUAACAUUGCACAGCUGUUGCCAGCGGGGGUAACGGCCAGAGAAGAAGCGAGAUCCUCUUCUGCGGGACAGAAAAAGUCCCGCUAGACUCGUCGCACUUUUUAAAGGAGCAAGUUAACACUGAAAGACGAACAUGCCCUCGACUAAAUAGCUGUGGUGGAGGUCGAGGAUGGCCGCAGACGUAGAUAAAAGAAUCCCGGAGGAAGAGAAAAAGAUUUCGCCGCACAAUGGGAAGCAGAGCCUGGGCUCGAGAUCCUGGAUCUGCAGGGGGAUGUGGACUUGGGUGGUCGUCUGUGCUGUUCCUCUGUUCGCUUUUGGGAUAAAGUACUACCAAGAUGCCCAGCUCCUCAAACGUCAUGAAGAGAGUGUUCGGACACUGGGUGCCGAGGGGCUUUUUCUCUUCUCCUCUUUAGACACCGACCACGACUUCUAUCUCAGUCCGGAGGAGUUUAAACCUAUUGCAGAGAAGCUCACAGGGAUUACAAACCCAGCGGAUUUUGAGGAGGAAGCGAUCCAUGAUCCCAACGGGGAGACUUUAACCUUGGAAGCCAAAAUGCAGCCUCUCCUGCUUGACUCCAUGACAAAAAGCAAAGAUGGUUUUCUUGGAGUUUCUCACAGCUCUCUGAGCGGGCUGCGGUCUUGGAAGAGCCCAGCAGUGCCUUCUUCGUCCUUCUCUGCAAGCCACUUUAGGGUGUUCUUGCCCCCGAAGAACAAGAUAGAAGUCGGUGACACGUGGUGGGUGAUCCCCAGCGAGCUCAACAUUUUCACUGGAUACCUGCCCAAUAACCGUUAUCACCCUCCCACACCAAGGGGCAGAGAGGUCCUCAUCCACUCCUUGUUGAGCAUGUUCCACCCUCGGCCCUUCAUCAAAACCCGCUUUGCUCCGCAGGGCGCAGUCGCCUGCAUCCGAGCCAGCAACGACUUCUAUUACGACAUUGUCUUCAGGAUUCAUGCAGAAUUCCAGCUCAAUGAUAUUCCAGAUUUUCCCUUCUGGUUCACACCAGGCCAGUUCACUGGCAACAUUGUCCUCUCUAAAGACGCCUCUCACGUCCGCCUCUUCCACCUUUAUGUCCCCAGUAACAGGUCUCUGAAUGUAGACAUGGAGUGGCUCUACGGAGCCAGUGAGAGCAGCAAUAUGGAGGUGGACAUUGGUUACCUGCCACAGUUAGAGCUCCAGUCGGCGGGCCCGUCCACUCCCUCCGUCAUCACUGACGAGCAGGGUAAUAUCAUUGAUCGGCGUGACAGCAGCAAUGAGCCCAUCCAGUUUGUCUUUGAGGAAAUCCACUGGACCUCAGAGAUCAGUCAGGAGGAAGCUGCUCGCCGCAUGGAGGUCACCUUCUAUCCCUUUAAGAAGGUGUCCUACCUGCCUUUUUCAGAGGCUUUCGAUCGAGCCCAAGCAGAGAAAAAGCUGGUGCACUCUAUUCUGCUGUGGGGAGCUUUAGAUGACCAGUCAUGCUGAGGUUCGGGGCGAACUCUCCGGGAGACAGUCCUGGAAAGUUCGCCCGUCCUCGCCCUCCUCAACCAGAGCUUUAUAAGCAGCUGGUCUCUGGUCAAAGAGCUGGAGAACCUGCAGGCUGAUGAGCAAAACCCUGCGUUGAGUGAAAAGGCUCGCUUACACCUUGAAAAGUACAGUUUUCCUGUGGAGAUGAUGGUGGCUCUGCCCAAUGGAACCAUUGUUCAUCACAUCAAUGCCAACUUCUUCUUAGAUCAAACUGCCAUGAAACCCGAGGAGGAAGAAGCAACUUUCAGCUUCUCCGGCGGCUUCGAAGAUCCCUCCACAUCCACUUAUAUCAGCUUCCUGAAAGAGGGCUUGGAGAAAGCCAAGGAGUACCUGGCACAGUAAUGUGUUUGAGCUUAACCAGACUGGGCAAAUGAUCCAAGAUUAGGAAAACCUACCAAGCAUCUGGUGGCGUUCCUCUUCUGUGUGUGUUGGCAGCUGGAAACAUUUUUGCCUUCCGUACUCUUUGCUACUAUUUAUUUGGACGAAUCUCUCGGUUAAAAAAAAAGUUUUAUAUAGUAUUUGUAUUGUGACAAGUAGAAAUCCAAAGGCCUUCCACGCUGAGCAGGAACAAAUACAGUAUGUCACACAUUUAGACUUGCUCUUUAUCCUUGUAGCUGCUGAAUAACAUAGCUAUAAGAUAUAGAUGGAGGCCUACCAAGUCCCAGAUUAGUGUCAGUACCAUUCUUUAGUGCAUUACAACCCAGUAUAGUAUUCAGUAUUUCUUCUUUUAUGUAGUGGUGUUGCAUGUGCAGUAUUUAUUGACUGACUGAGCUUCUCUGCUGAGCGUACCCAGAGACGGAGCUGCUGGUGUUGUUUCCUCCAGCUGUGUUUCUGCAGUUAGUGAAGGCUUUGCCUGAAAGCUCUCCCCGAGCUGGGUAACGCCUGAUGUUCUUGUUGAGGCUGCUGGAGGGAAACAACCUUCUCUGACUCGGGACAAAGGCAUGAAGAGGAACUUAGAAACUGGACUGCAGAGCGUAAAAUGAAUGAAUCAGACGUUUUCCCAUAUAGC